AUGGUUCGGAGUAUGCAUGAUUUUGAAACGGUGACUCCUGAUGUUUGGAGACAAAAUGAAGAACAAUGGAAGGAAAGGCUUUUUAAGUUACCAAAUUGGUAUAAGAUACCACUCAUAAAUUCAAAUGCUUCACACAAUCUGUCUGAUGGUACUCUGGCACGGUUCCGGGGCAUGGUACAAGAUAUGCACAACCCAGAAUUUUAUUUUGAGGAAUUUGAAGUGUUUAACACUAUAACCAAUGAAGUAAAAACAAAGUCUGGCAAAUACACAGACACAUCCUCUAUUUUGGAAAAUGAAAAAAUUAACUACACAGAAAAUUUGAAAAGUGCACAAAGACAGACAAUGGUAGUUGUGUCAUUACCUGGUUUAAAUGAAUGGGCACAAAAGGUUGAAGAUGACAAGAAUCAUUUAUCACAUUUAAAUGAUCAGCCAAACACUUCAAAACGACUAAAUUCAACAAAUUUGAAGCGUAGUUAUGAAGAAUGUGAGGAAGACUCCGAUGCCAUGGAAGUAACAGUAGCUGAAAUGGGAAAAAAAGAAGCAAAAGUAUCUGACAAGGCUGUAGAACCAUCUAAUAUUGUAUCCAGAGAGCAUUUAUUAAACUUUCCAUUGCCUGAUGUUGCAAGCAAAUCAUGUAUCAUUAAGAUCUAUGAUGACAGUGAGAAUCUUAAAAUAAAUGAUAUGGUGGAAGUUGUUGGAUUUUUAUCAGUAGACCCUGGAUUAUCAGGAGAAUUUCAAGCUGAAAACAAUGCUUUCAUGGAGCCAAAUGAUGAGACACAAGCAGAAACAAUAACACAUAAUCCACCGCCAAGCCUAGUGCCUCGGUUGCAUGUGGUCUAUGUUAAGAAAUUGGAGCAUUGUAAUCCAUUGAUAAAGGAUGCUAACCAAGAAAAUAUGCUAGUAGAAUCAAAUUCAGCUCGGGAUCAUCUACUUAAAGCAUUGACAGAACUAUUGUUGGGAGAUGAAUUGGCUGCCCAGUAUCUCAUUUGCCACCUUAUAGCUUGUGUUUACCUCCGCCAAGAUACCAUAACACUUGGUCAGUUUUGCCUCAACCUGUCAAACUUACCAACAAAACGUUACCCAAAUUAUGCCAAACAAUUAUAUGAUGUUAUAAAACAGUUUGUUACCAAGAGUUAUUACCUUCCAUUGACGGUUGAUAAUAUGAACACAAUGGCCCUAUUACCAAAAAAAGAUUAUGACUGCAAUAGAUUAACAAGUGGUAUACUUCAACUAAGCAAACACACUCAUCUAGUUCUAGAUGAGACACAAAUGCAACAAGGGCAGUUAGAUGCAACCGGAGUUAAUAAUAUAGCUGCACUUGGUAAUUUAAUUAAGCUCCAGAAGGUUGAGUACGACUUCAAAUAUUACAAAAUGGAGUUUGAUUCAGAUAUAUCAGUUUUGGUAUUAUCCGAAGGAAAGAGUUUGUUGCCGAGUGACUAUCAUGUUCCAUUGAGACCAGAAAAAUCAUCUUUGGACAUUUUCGAUGCCAUCGUGGAAGCAGCUAAUUAUUAUCUUAAAGAGGAAAUAAUGAAUUCAAUACGAAUAUAUUUAACAAGUCUUAAACUUGUGAAGUACAGUAUUUCAGAUGAUUUACAGUUUGUAGAAGAAGAUUUCAUAGAAAUGCGUAGUAAGUCAGAUGAUGACAACCCAGUUUCUGCAGAUGAUUUGCACAGGCUUUUAGUUCUGGCGCGGCUGGUCAGUUUGUCCCGCGGUUUCGAUACACUAAAUAAAGAAUGUUGGGAUAUCACUAAGAAGAUGGAGGAAGAACGAGUUAUAAGAUUAAAGAAUAGAGUGGCACCGUUUUAG